CCGCGGACGUUUCAGCUUCAAGCUCUUUCCCGUGUCGAUUGCCAAAUCGUGCGUCGUUGAUUUAGUCUCGCUUGCGGUAUCCAUAUUGACGGAUGCCCCGCUACACCCUGGAUUUGGAGGGACUGGAGUCGGUGCUGUCGGCCGAACAAGUAGUGGACUUGUUGAAGGAGCACGUGGACUUGUCCAGGCUUGGCGUCAGCGAAGAGUUCGCCCAGACCCUCCAAGCAGUCUAUGAGGAGUUUGGAGGGCAACAUGUGGGUCAAGACCUGCUGGACUGCAUUUUCGACUGCAGCUGCUGCGUGAUGGCGUGGGAGAUGACGUGUGCUGACACGUGUAGCCGGGCGAUGGCCGGCAGCGGUGGCGGUGACAAGAAGAAGAAGGAGAAGGAAAGCUUGGUCCAGGUGCCUCAGCAGGAGAUGAUGCCCGAGAGUUGGCCAACGGGAAGCUGGCUGCAACAGUUGCGUGAGCUGAGCGCUGAGGAUUUGCAGAUGGGGAUGAGGAGCUCGAAAUCCUUCAUCAAUAUGGAGAAGUUUGCCAAGUUCAUUUUUGAGAAGAAAUUUGGGAAGGACCAGGUCAAGCAGUUCGAGAUGUGCGCGGAGCAAAUGAAGAGCGAAGGGCCAAAGAUCGUGGAGAAGGACAAGCUGGACAUUGAUGAUUUGCUGGCGAAGUCCAAGAAGGCCGACUUCAAGUCCUUCAUCAAGUUGAUCCGUGUGGUGACCGCUGCGGCCAUGGCCAAGCAUGGCGCCGCCAUCCAAGAGAAGGGCCUAGAUGCCAUCGGCCUUGGCAAAUGCGCCGAGGUCCUAUGCGCUGGUGACAUGAAGUAUGAGCUGGAUCAAAGUGGCCUGCACAAGUGCGUUUGGACCUGCCCCAAGGACCAUCUUCCAGAUCAAUUCCAAGCUGUGAGCUUCGACAUUCCCAAGGAAUCCGAGAAGGUCUUCGGCUCCAUGAGCGAGGCAGACAGCGCAGGGGAGGCGGCAUUGAAAGACGCAGAGACCGAUCCCAAGAAGUACGAGAAGACCUCGACUUAUGCGAAGCUGAAGAAGUUGGUUUUCCAUUUUCAUCCCGCCUACACCGAGGCUCCAAUGAAGCUUCUUCAAAUGAAUAGCACCACAGUGCUGGGCGACGAUCUUCCUCAUGCCUUUCGCUACCACGGGAAGUGCCGCACCACGGUCUUUGAGGCCGAAGAGCGUGUCGUCUUCGCCGGGACCCACGACCACAUCCCGACGGGGGAACUGGUGAAGAUCGAGCGAUUGCCCUCGGGCUCCACCUGGCUGGGCAUGAAGAAGAAGCUGGACAAGGACCAGAUCCAAGUGAAGUAUUUGGGCAAAGCCUAUGUCGUCGCCCAGCGGGAUUUGCACCGGGAGCCCUUGGCCAAGAUCAAGGUGGAUGAGGCAGUUCAGCAGUGGAUGCGCAGCACUGGAGACACCAUUGAGAUCUCCUCCGAAACGGCCUUGCAUGACCCCAGCCACAAGCAGCACAAGGAUACGCUGUGGUUUCCAGUGUCCUCGGCGGAGAAGGAGAAGAACAAGACAGAGUGAAGCUUUGAUGUUCUGGAAUCAUGAUGGCAGGAGUUCCCUUCUAGCGAUUCUAGCGCCUUCACUUAGCUAUCGAGCUUUUUCCCGACGAUUCGGGGAGCUGAUCGAGGAUGGCAGAAAAGGUC